AUGUCGGAAGAUGAGGAUCAACCAGUGGUACGUCGCGAAAUCGACAAGAGGCGCCUAAAAAAGAAGCGCGAAGUGGUUUUUUACACAACGUUUGAAGAGGUGCUGCAAAAAAUCGGACCAUUUGGUCCAUUCCAAAUUUUUUGCUUUAUCGUCAUUCUCUACGCCUCAAUUGAAUGGGCAGGCAAUUCGACAUUCAUGUACGUGUUGGGAUCACUGGAACCCGACUGGAAUUGCACUCAUGUCGACAACAGUACGACGACAAUUUACGCGCCGACCAACUCCACCUCAUGCGAAUACAUCAAACAAAACUGCAAAUCGUUGAACCCAAUACGCGAGAACCUUGAGUUCUUCUCGGUCGUCGCUCAAUUCAAGCUGAUUUGCGACGACGAUGAUAAACCGGAAUAUAUUGAAGUGAUAAUGGCGGGAAGCUCGCUGAUUGGAUCAAUAUUCGGCGGUCAUAUUGGGGACCAUUAUGGUCGGCAGACAAUUUUCUUCACCGGCCAAUUAUUGAUUAUCAUUACCUCGAUGAUGACGACGGCGGCGCGCGGUUGGAUUUCGUUUGCCGUCAUUCAAGGCGCCAAUUGCUUCCUAUAUGGAGUUAUUGAGACGACCUCGCUGACAAUGAUGAUGGAGUACUCGUCGAACAAAUACCGCGUGAUCAUGGCGAACGCGUUCCAAUGGCCGAUCGCCUACAUGACGAUCGCACUGAUCGCGUUCCUCACGAAAGGUUGGCAAGUCUACUUCGUGUUUCUGAAUCUCGUCUCCUCGCCGCUCGCCAUCUUCUUCAUGCUGUUCCUCGAGAGCCCGCGUUGGCUCAUCGCGCGCAACAAUCUGAGUCGCGCGUGUGACGUGCUCAACGACAUCGCGCACGAGCGUUGGAACAACACCAAAGCGGUGUUCACCACGUCCGACAUCUCCGCCAUCCACCAACCCGAGAAGCAGGGCUUCUAUUGGUUCUAUCAUUUGUUCAGCACGCGGCGCCUCUUCAAACAAUCGUGCCUUCAAAUCCUGUCGGUGCUCACCUAUGCGAUGGUGUCCAACACCUAUUUGUACAUCGCCAACGGGUUGCACCAUUCCGCCAUCAUGUUCACGUUUCUCGAUGGCGUCUUCCGAUUGGUGGUGCCGGUGGUGAUUGUCAUUCUUGACUUGAUGAUUCCAUCGUUUGGAAGGAAGAUUCAGAUUCUCGGAUCGCUCGUAAUCGAGGCGAUUCUAUUCGGCAUCGUGAUCGGCCUAGUCGCCAGCGGAACCUGUGAGUAUGAUUCGAUGGCGGUCACCAUUCUCAUCAUCAUCACCACAAUGAUCAAUGAUUGCGUGUUCUGGAUCAACAUCAUUCAGAUCACCACCCAGCGUUAUCCGACGGUCAUCCGAUGCAUCGCCUUCGGCUCAUUGCACUCGAUCAAGCACAUCGGCUCGAUCAUCGGCUUCAUUAUUCUCCGCCCACUUCUCACGUCAGGCUUUCCGACGUGGUCGUUCAUCAUUCCGGAGAUUCUCAUCAUCAUCACAUUUGUUGCCAGUUGGAUAUUCCAGCCGGAGACGAAAGGCAAAGCGCUAAUGGACCAAAUGAAGCAGGCGAAUUACGGUAGGACCGAGAACGAGCUGCCGCGGGCGCUCAUCAGGCUCGCCGCUGGCCACAAAGUCGCCCAAAUGGAAAUGCGCCAACAAUACCGAAAAGAGAUGGAGCAAGCGAAACAGGCGGCCAACGCGGGCGUCGUCAUCGACAGCCCGUGGGUGUACAAGGGCGAACGAGCCGCCAAACCUGAGAAUGGUGGUCCGAAAGCGGCGUGGUCCGAUGAGAAGAGCGAAUAA